UCUCUUUCUCACUGCUGAGUCGAGCCUUCUCACUGAAUACUCGUCAAAAUGUAAUCCACUAAGAGCAUGAAUGAUCAUGCAUAUGAUCGUAUUCGUCUUAGUGCCUAUAGAAUACACGAAGAAAUCAGCAUUCAGCCUCGUCUUCAGCCCCAUCCUACCUUGGAACCCCCCCGCCUUCCAAGACAUCAAUUGACAAGGGCCUACUCAUGACAUAGAUCAGGUCCAAUACAUGCAAAUUGAAUCCGGCAUAAUGGACAAGCAAAAAUCCUAUUGCGAUGAUAUCGCAUGCGGAAAAUCAUGUUGGCAAGAAGCCUCAGAAAAGAUACGCGCGGAAGAUCCCAAACUAUACAAACAGCUGGAGGAGAUGCUGGCAACGCAGAAACGACCUUUAUCCCGCGCGGACAUGUCAAACCAAAUAGCGCAGUCAAUUGAGGCCAGCAAAAAUCGAAUACAGGAUCGAAAUGUACUUUUUCCUUGGAAAAAUCGGAACGAGGGCGACAAGGCUAGGGUACGGAAAGCCAUGGACAGUAUACCCAAAGCUGUGAUCGUGUUCAGGAAUAUGGGAUCUGCUGCGGCGAGUCUCGACCCGUCGCACGUGGGAGUUGCUGGGGCUGGUGCCAAUCUGAUUUUGCAGUUCGUACGGAGUGGCAGCGAGUAAAAUGCUGCUGUGCUUUAGGGGCUGGCUCAAAUCUCCCCGAUAAUCACAAGAUAUACGAAAGUUGAAGAGAUAUAUAUUGAACAGAGAGAAAAACACCAAGAUACAAAACUCAACAAAGACUUCAGAGCGCAGGUCGUCAAUCUCUACGCCAAUAUUUUGGCGUACCAGGUAGCGAUUACCUUGCA